UGGUUCACCGUGACUCACCCACUAACUGACUCAUUGUAUACAUACCCUCUUGUUUACUGAAAUCCGUUGGACAAACUGAGAAAGAUACGAUAUUCUACAGGAGGAGUCUUUGAUUCGAAAUAGUCCCGAGUCCCUGACUGGAUCUCUUCCGACCACCCCCUCCAUCCUCCCGCCAAUAAGUUGAAGCGGUCUCUAGCAGAUUCAGCCUCGUGCUAGGACGGUAGCGAAGAUGCCCAUGCUUCGUGAACCAUGGAAGAAAUACCGCAAAUUCAAACCUCUUGACCUACCUGACCGCCAAUGGCCCUCGAGAACGAUCGACGCCCCUCCGAGAUGGCUGGCUACCGAUCUAAGAGAUGGAAACCAAAGUCUUGUUGACCCUAUGGAUGGCGAGCAAAAACUGCGCUUCUUCAAGAUGUUGGUCGAGUUGGGCUACAAGGAGAUCGAGGUCUCGUUUCCCUCCGCUUCCCAGACCGACUUUGAUUUCACGAGACACUUGGUGGAAACACCGGAUAUUGUCCCCGACGACGUAUGGUUACAGGUCUUGUCGCCCUGUCGAGAAGAUCUGAUCCGUCGUACCGUUGAUUCACUCAAAGGAGCGAAGAAAGCAAUUCUACAUUUAUACCUUGCGACGAGCGAGUGCUUUAGGAGGAUAGUCUUUGGUAUGACAGAAGAUGAAAGCCUUGCUCUGGCCGUCAAAUGCGCCAAGUUCGCUCGGUCUAUCACCAAGGAUGACCCAAGUCAGGCAGGGACCGAAUGGCUUUUCGAAUUUAGCCCUGAAACCUUCUCCGACACCUCUCCGGAAUAUGUCAUCAAGAUAUGCGAGGCUGUCAAGGAGGCCUGGGGUCCGACCGAAGACUCGAAGCUCAUUUUUAACCUACCGGCGACCGUUGAGAUGUCCACGCCCAACGUCUUUGCCGACCAAAUCGAAUAUUUCUGUACGCACAUGACAGAUCGGGAAAAGAUUUGUGUUUCCGUGCACUGUCACAACGACCGGGGAUGCGCAGUGGCUGCCUCUGAACUCUCCCAGAUGGCUGGAGCCGACAGAGUGGAAGGUACUUUGUUUGGCAACGGGGAGCGGACGGGCAAUGUCGACCUUGUCACCCUCGCCAUGAAUCUUUAUACCCAGGGAAUAUGGCCCAAUGUUGACUUCAGCGACAUCCAGAAGGUCAUUCGAGUCUGCGAGGAAUCGACCAAGAUCCCGGUCAACGAACGGUGGCCAUAUGGUGGACAGUUGGUCGUUUGUGCCUUCAGCGGCUCACACCAAGACGCCAUCAAGAAAGGAUUCAACGAACGAAAGACUCUGGGUUCGAAUCACGAGUCUCGGUGGGACGUGCCAUAUCUUCCUCUGGAUCCUCAGGAUAUUGGACGUACGUACGAGGCUGUCAUUCGUGUCAAUUCACAAUCUGGAAAGGGUGGUGUUGCCUGGGUCAUUCAGAGAAGCCUCGAGCUCGAUUUGCCCCGAGGAUUGCAAAUUGCUUUCAGUAGGAUCGUCCAGAAAGAGGCAGACGCAAAGGGCCGAGAGUUGCUCCCACGUGAGAUCCAGGCACUUUUCGAAGAGUCAUACCAUCUGAACCAGAAUCCUCGUUUUACUCUGGUUGACUACAACAUUACAGCAGUAAGAGCGACGUCGCCAGCACCCCCGACCAAGUCAUCAGCUGGCCAACCUCCUCAGACAGUGGCACCAGCUCAGAACACGUCGACCGCCAAACGGCAAUUUGCUGGUGUCAUUGCUAUCGACGGCGUUCAGCACCCGGUCGUCGGCGUCGGGAAUGGCGCUCUGUCUUCCUUGGCCAAUGCUCUGCAUUCUUUGGGCAUCGAUCUCGAUGUUGCUGAUUACAAGGAACAUGCCAUCGGUGAAGGCCGUGACGUGAAAGCCGCUACCUACAUAGAGUGUACGGCUAGCAGCUCCCACGAGAAAGUGUGGGGUGUCGGCAUUCAUGAGGACGUGGUACAAGCAUCUUUGAUUGCAAUGUUAAGCGCUGCCAGCUCAGUAUGGAAGUUCUCAUCAGUGAAAGAUUUGGGCAAGCUAACACACGCCACAGUUCCUGACAUCUAGAGUCUCCACGCCUGUGCCUUUCCGACCCAAACAUCUGCGACAAUUUUCAGAGGCGGAGUUGGAAGCCCUCGAACGCUUGAAUCUGAACCAGACAGAUAGUGCCAGCAGCCCAUUGAGGACAUCGGUCACACUCGAGCAGCCAGCUACACCUUCCAAACUGAACAUGUCAACCGCGGGUGCUGGUAGUGUGCCGGCACAAAAGGUCGACAUUGGUUUGUUGGAAAAGAAGGCCGAGCUCAAUGGCCACGCGGAUCAGGCGUAAUCCAUCAUGCUUUAUUCAAAACUUCCAUAAAACUUAAGCAUUCUCUAAAAUGGCAAAGUGAGGAGGGUGGUGGUGGCCAUGCAAGAAAAGUUGAUUCGCAAAAAUGCCUGAAAUGCCCUACAUGAGCUUUUGUUGUAUGUAUCCCAUCAGAUUGAACUGACACUGGCAAAAUGAGUAUGAAUUGGUAGAUACCUGUCUGAUCCAGUAGUGUGCACGUAGUUUGGGUCAAGCCCUAGAAGCUCAACAAACGCAACAAGUCUGUGAAGCAGUCAAUGCCUGGAAGAGAAUCGGACAAAACCCCCAUGGGACACUAGAGUAUAUCGUUUUGCCUACUCCGGAUGUGUCGAACGGAG